AUGGUGGAAGAAAUAGCAACGGAACCAGAUUUUGAAUACAUGGCAGCUACUUUUUUAAAGAAAUACAAAGAAAUUAUAGUAGGUAAAUUUAGGAGUGAUCCUGAUACUACUCGAUUCAAUAGACUUAUGCAGACUAAUAAUUUUGCGAGGCAAUUGGUUAGCAUGAGUGGUAGAAAUUGUACGAUCUAUGAGAAUGGUGAUUGGUACUCCAUUGUUUUGGAAGUGAUGGAUUUGGAUUUGAUUUAUAAAAAUGUGGAUGAGCAAGAUUUGAAAUCUGAUGAUGAAUAUCCUGAUGUAUUGGUUAGAGAAUUAUUACGAUAUUUCAAGCAGGAUUUCUUUAAAUGGUGUGACAAGCCUGAGUGUCAUACAUGUGGGAACUCUGAUCGAGUUCAAUUUCAUUCAACGGAACCUCCCAACUCCGAGGAGGCUAAGUAUGAAUGUGGCUCAGUGGAAGUGUUCCGAUGCGAUGGAUGUGGAUCCAUGAUAAGAUUUCCCAGAUAUAAUGAUCCAAUUAAACUAUUGGAGACUAGAACAGGUCGUUGUGGUGAAUGGUGUAAUUUAUUCACUUUAGUUCUCAAAUCGUUUGGAUUAGAGGCCAGAUAUGUUUGGAAUAGAGAGGAUCAUGUUUGGUGUGAAUAUUAUUCUCCUUAUUUGAAUCGAUGGGUUCAUGUUGAUUCCUGUGAACAGUCAUUUGAUCAACCCUAUAUUUAUUCCAUCAAUUGGAAUAAAAGUAUGAGUUAUUGUAUUGCAUUCAGUAAAGAUGACGUUACUGAUGUUAGUAAAAGAUAUAUCUUAAAAAAUGAACUUCCGAGGGAUCAAAUUAGUGAACUGGAUUUACAAUUUAUUUGUACUUACCUUACCAAGAGACUACGGAGGCAGAGAACGGAUGAUGAAUUAUUUGAACUCUUUAAGAGAGAUGAAAGAGAACGAUUUGAGUGGAUGCCAAAGGUGAAGAAAACGGAGCAGAAAUCUCCCACAAAGACAUUAGAGCCAGAGAAAGGACGACAAAGUGGGUCUGCUCAAUGGAAAUCUGCAAGGGGAGAAGAUGGUAAAUAG